UCUUUUGUAUCCAACAAAUUAAAACCCUCACAAACAAUGGAUUCUUCCACCAUUAUUUCCCUCUUCCUAACACUUUCCUUCAUCUCCGCCGCCGCAGGACAGAACUCGACACGGGACUUCCUGGAAGGCCACAACCUCGCACGAGCGGUGGUAGGCGUCCCGCCCCUCGAGUGGAACGCCACCGUGGCCGACUACGCCCUCCGCUACGCCAAGAAGCGGUCCGACGACUGCAACCUGGAGCUGUCAAUGGGGCCGUACGGCGAGAACCUGUUUAAGGGGCAUGGCUUGGGGCUGUUUUCGGUGACGGCGGCAACCGCCGUGAACCAUUGGGUGAGCGAGAAGCCGUACUAUGACUACGCCUCCAACUCAUGCAUUGCCGGAAAAUCGUGCCUGCACUACACGCAGGUCGUGUGGCGCGGAUCCACUCAGCUAGGCUGCGCGCUGCAGCAGUGCCGUAACGGCUGGAUGUUCGUCGUCUGCAGCUAUGAUCCGCCGGGAAAUUGGGUUGGAGAACGCCCCUACUAGCGUUCAUGAAUCGUGGAACAUUAUCUAUUUUAUUGUUUGUUGGCUAUGGCCUGUGGUUUAAAAAAUGUAAUGUUUGUGUUCAAAG